GAGAUCCUCCCUAACUGAAGAUAUAAUUUUAAAAGAGAAGAGAGAGAGAGAGAGAGAGAGAGAGAGAGAUGGCACGUACUUCAUCACAUCCUCUCCAUGUCAUGCCACUCAAAUCAACACCAUCUUCAUCAUCAUCACCAUCAUCAAGCUCCAUGAAACUCAAAACCCUAAUCCAAACCCUAGUUUUGUCCCAUGUCUGUCGAUUCAUCCGUGAAAUCUCCAGAGCCUCGUCCAUUUUACUCAGAGCGUUGAGGAAGAAACACUACCAUCACUUGUUAUUCUAUCCCAAGAGAACCUCCAAGAAGCAGAAGAAGAUAUUCUUUGGGUCAUUCAGGCUUCAUUACAACUGGUGCUCGUCCCAUGUUGUCCCCGUGUCCGUUCCCGUCCGUCUCCCCGACGAACUCUAUCUGGCCUACGAUUCCACUUGGAAUUCCGUGUUUUCCACUCAUUCUCGAGAUAACGAGGUCAACCUUGACGAGGUUUUCGUCGACGAAGAGCCGCCGCAGCUCAGGGGAUAUCUUGAAUGGUUGGAGGAUAAGGUUAAAGAUGGCGAAUCGACGAACGGGGAAGAGGGUAAUGACAUCGAUAAAUUGGCCGAUAUGUUCAUAGCAAGUUGCCAUGAGAAGUUCAUGUUGGAGAAGGUGGAGUCGUUGAGGAGAUUCCAAGACAUGCUCGCUAGAAGUGUGUAAUGAAAAAUGCCUCAUUAAUUUACCAUCUUCCCUUUUUUUAAUUUUUUUUUUUAUAAUUUCUAAAGUUUCGAACCGGUAUGAAUUUUCAUUGGAAAUGUAAUCGAGUGGGCGGAAAUUGGUUUGGAAGUUAAUAUGGAUACGAUUUUGUAUGGGACAUGUAACCCAAAUGGUUGGAAAAUACUCGAAAUAUUGGUUCAA